GUGCCGUGCCGCUGUUGGGAUGCGGCCAGGGCUUUGUGUGCAGCUCCGGGUCGCACCGAGCUCGUUCACUUGUAGCGCUUCCUUUGUGUGCGGAGUUUCCCACCCCGCGGCCGUUUCCCACCGCCGUCCGAUCCCGGCCGUGUUUGCUGCCGUCUCCGAUCCGCCCGUUCAAACGGCGUUGCCAUCUUGCAAAGAAAGGCUUUGAAAUACUCGUUCUCUCGGGAGUUGGGGAUUUGCUGCUGCCAGAGAUUGGGAUCGCGGCUCCGGCCGUCGGAUCAGAAUCUCCUGCGUGGCUGGGAACGAGCAGAUCGACCGAGAUAAGCACCUGCCGCCCUCCCCAUCUCUGCAGCGCUCUGAUCAAGCCCCGAGCAGGAGCUGCGGAGCCAGCACAGCAACCGGGGUGAUGUGUUUGUUGGGUGGCAGAACGGAGCAGGAGGAGGGGAUGCUCCUUUGGGGGCAAAGCAGGAGAGGGGUGAAAACAAGAGCCAAUAUGAACGUGGGAACAGCACACAGCGAGGUGAACCCCAACACCCGCGUGAUGAACAGCCGGGGCAUCUGGCUGUCCUACAUCCUUGGCAUUGGGCUGCUGCACGUCGUGCUCCUGAGCAUCCCCUUCUUCAGCGUCCCCGUGGUUUGGACUCUUACCAACAUCAUUCACAACAUGAGCAUGUACAUCUUCCUACACACGGUGAAAGGAACCCCUUUUGAGACGCCAGACCAGGGCAAGGCGAGGCUGCUCACGCACUGGGAGCAGAUUGACUAUGGCGUGCAGUUCACAGCAUCCCGCAAGUUCCUGACCAUCAUGCCCAUCGUGCUGUAUUUUCUAACCAGCUUUUACACCAAGUACGACCGGAUACACUUCGUCAUCAACACCAUCUCCCUGAUGAGCGUCCUGAUCCCCAAACUGCCUCAGUUCCAUGGAGUGCGGAUCUUUGGGAUCAACAAGUACUGAAGCAGAUGGAGGAGCAGUGGAGCUCAUGGAGGUUCCUCCUCCCUGCUCCCGUCCCCCCCCUGCCCACACACACUGGGAUAGUUUCACAGCAGCUGUUUUAAACGCAGUACCCAAUAGACAUACACCGCAUGCUGGAUCCUCAUGCCCAAUAAACCUAAAGAAGCUCCAGAGUAGAGUUUAGCCAGGAGCAGGAUGCUGGGCUUCUUUUAUUCCAGCAUCAUCAUUAGAUGCAGAUACACCGAGACUCCAAGGUACAACGAGGAUGAAUCGUGGGAAGGUUUUCAUCUAUCCCAGAUGCGAUGAGAACAGGGGUGAGGGGGAAAGCUUUUAGUGCUGGUACUAUUGCUGUGGUAAAUGCACUUUAACAUUACUUCCCUUUCUGAAGCUUUGGUGCUUUAAAGCGAUCCGCGGGGAAAUGGAAAGGGACGCAGCCAAACUCUCCCAUUAUUUGAUGGUUUCGGGUUUUGGUUCCAUUUCUUGGGCAGAGGAAGAGAAGGGAGGGGAACAGAAUGACACAGUUUGAUGUCGAAAGCUUUUAUGGCACCGAGGAAGGAAGCUGUUCUACUCAAAGCAGUAGAGGAAAGAAGAAACAGGCUGCGCUUUGAGACGACUGUCUGCUCCCUUCGGAACCAUCCAUCUGGGUCAGGGGAAGGUCCCAACUUGCAGCUGUUACUUCCAGCUUGGGUAACUUUGCCUCCCAACCCAAACUGCUCAGCUUGGGGAUGAAGGGCUGAGGUGCAGCUCAUUAUAACGACUGAGGUGCCUGGGAGGAACCAAAGACUGAUGGAUUCAGACCAUGUGAGAGCUGAACGGCUGCUUGAGAGCUGGGUGGCAGCGAUUUGAGUUCUCCUCCUCCAUCCAUCCCCUCGGUCUCCUCAGCCCACGUAGCUGUUAAUGAGAUCUGCCAGCUCUCCAAUGAACUCGGCAUGAAAACCUCCACGAAGCACCGCAGACCCCCAGGGCUGAUGGCUGCCAAUGGGGAGGGAGCAGAGCAGCACCGAGGAGCAGCACCAGCAGCACUGACCUGCCCCAGAGAAGGGUGCUCAGGUCACCAAAGACAACAGAUGGUUUUGUAUAGGAAUAAACUCAAGCCUUCAUCCCCCUCCAACCACCGCUGGAACAAGGGAGGGUUGUGGGGCUGCAGGUUUGGGUUUCCUGGCUGAGAUGCUUUUUUCUUGCAGGUUUUGUGCUGGAUGAAAUGUGGUUUUGCUGAUGCUUUCCCUUCCACCAGCCUGCAUUCUUUUGUUGUUGUCUCAGUGCUUACGUUGUCUCACGUUGGCAAUGGUGAAGGCAUUUUAAAUGUGCUGGGUUUGUUCUUAAUUAGCCAAGUCUGGCUUGAGAAGUCAAAGUGGAUAUUGAGUUCUGUAUGAGGGUCUGGGCAUAGGGCAUAGAGAAGCUCCAAGAUCUACUAUAUAAGAUCUGGUAGUACUCCAUGCAUAGUAUUAGGCUUUAUUUCUAUCCCGUACUUAGCAGGCUGCUGCAGUGAAGGGAGAAAACAGUUAACGUAGCUCAGAGCCAUGCUGGGAUGCAUGGGGUCAUUAUUUAACAGUUGUUGAGCAAUGGGAAUGUUUUAAGUGCAAAGGAAGCCUUGAAGAAGGUGGAAGAAGAGCCGGGUUGGGAUUUGAGCGCUGAUCUCCAGUGAGAGUUUGGCAGAAGUUUGGGGUACCCGACAGGGUGGGGGUUAAACCACCACGACACAAGUGCUGCUGCUUGAGUUACGGUACUACAGACCCUAAAGCUGACGAACUCUUUAAGCUACCAGACAAUGACUUUGGGGGGGGGGGGGAAUACUUCAUUUUCUUUCUUUUUUCUUCAUAACAAACCUAUUUUGUUCAUCAGUGCUUUGGAAAUUAGGAAGGGAUGAACAGCACCAGGGCCUGGGAUGCUCACGGACACAGGGCAGCCCAGCAGGUCUGAAUGUCUGACAGCACAUGAACCCAUACCCCAGUGGUAAACCUCCAGGAGAAGAGACACUACUCCUUUAGGCAUGAUAUGAAAGGGGGAAAUAAAAGCUUUCUUGCAGCAAAAGUAGUUGUUAUAUUGAGGGUGCUUUGGCUUUUAACCUCGACUCCCAUCCAUAGGAUGUAUUGAGUGUACAAGUUACCCCAGCUCAGAGCAGUUUUGGGGCUCAGCUCAGUGUUGCUGCUGGGGUUUGGAGCCUGCAUUAUUUGUGCUGUUGGCUGACACGACGGACACCUGAUUCUGUUCUGCUCCAUGAAAGAGCAUCAAUAAAACAACAUGGACUGGAAUUACAGACUUCUGGCAAAGGCAGGUUUUCAAGCCCUGAGUCCAGAAGUUCUCAUGGGACAAAGCCUUCAUUAUGAUGGUAAACUUUCCCCACUUUGUUUAGCUGGAGUGGUUAACAUAGAAUUACACAGGUGUCCCCAUUGGGGUUACAUGGCAGAUAGUACUGGCCCUUGAUAAAGUGGGCAGCAGUUGUGUUACCAUGAUGGAUGCAUUGCUGUUUCUUACUGGGACUUCCAUGUCUCUACCAUUGAGUGGCAUAUAUUUUAAGCAUGCAGGCCUUUGCAUUGCCUCGUCCUCCUUGGAUCAAUCUCAGCUCCAUUAGUUUGGUGGGGCUGGUUUUGUUUGAACACAACGUUCUGCCAUCGGACGGAGUUUUAGGGUUUGGGUUUGCUUUGUUGGUUUCUUUCUUCCAGCAGCCCUUCCUUUUUGCUGUGGAUGCUGAAGUCUCGUGUAGGGAACUUUCUAAAACAAAGUGUGAAUAUUUUUAUUACUCCUUUGUAAAGCCUUCUAAGAGAAACUAAUAAAGUGAGUAUUCAUGUAA